UUGCGAAAGCGCUCGCUUUUCUUUCUAAAUGUCGAAAAGAAGAAUGUAUUCACAAAUUUGAGUAAGUUGGAGCUCGGCCGACUGGCAGUUAGGUGGGCAGCAGACACACGAGCAAUCGUAGGAAUUGUUGUGUUUGUUGUUGCGCUGCCGACGCUGUUCGCCACGGCGACUGGAAGUUUGUAAUCGCGCACGGAACGGAAUGGCGGCGCCACUGCUGCUGGCCGUGCUCCUGGUCGAGUGUUUCGUUCGAAAUCAGUUUGAUUCGCUCUACCAUAGCCAAACGGUCGGGUUCAGGUGGUCAGUGGCCCGCUGGGAGUACCACAUAUAGAGUGCUGCUGCUUGGGCAAGAAUAUCUUGAAAAUAUCUACAUUAAAUAACAAAAUAAAAUAUAAAAAAACGAAAAGAAAAAAAAAAUGAAAAAAAUUUGUUCUAAUCAGCCAAGCGAAGUACUCUCCAAAUCAACGGCCAAGUCAGAAAUCACCACAAAAUGACAGCCAAAAAAUGCAGUAAUAUGUAUGUAUGUAUAUGUUUAAUGAAAUAAAAAGUGGCAAGUAGAUGCAGAAGUGAAAAAAUGCAGUGAAACCAAAAUGAAACCGAAAUCGAAUUCAAUUCAGGCGACAAGUGCAUAAAAUGCAAGUGUGAAAACAAGUAGAAGAAGCAGUAAAUUUAUUAACGAAUUCCGCAUUUGUGUCAACAGUGCAAUGCCUUCAACGAAACAACGUUAACACUUCAACAUUCGCGAAAAAAGCAUAAAUAAACAACAACAAUAACACCAAAUUAAGCCGUGCAGCGGUUGCAACCGCAAAUAAUAAAUUAAAUCGACAACAACAACAAAUGCAAGAGAAUACAUCAAGCAUAUACAAACAUACAAAUACAGAUAAUGCGCCAGUGAGCAAGUUGGACUGGACUGAUCGCUCAGAGGCAUAGCCCGUAAAGGUCACAUUUUCUUCGGGCGUACGUGCAACGCAUAUUACCACAGAAAGUGUGCGGCUUAUGGCAGAAUCUCUAAUUUCUCCGCGAUUCGUUUUCAUUCCAUACACCUACGAAGUAACAGCUAUCAGUGGACACCACAAAAUCUAAGCUGCGCACAAAUAUCUACGGACUUUGGAUUGCAGGUGCGCCAACGUUAGUGUUGUGGGCGAAUAUUAGAGUGCAUUUCCAGCGCUGACAGUUGAACACAACGAAAUUGACGCGUUGAUAGGCAACGGCUGGUGCUGAAAAGGGGGUGGGCCAACAGAGACUAGGCGGCUAGUGAGACUCUAAGUAACGUAGCGACGCAGGACGCACACAACUGAAAGGACUAUACAAAUUAUAAUGUCUUGCACAGUUUCAGAGCUGCCUUCGGGAUGUCACUUACGUGGCAUGAGCUCCACCUCAUCCACUGCGGUAGCGACAGUGGCGACGGUGGCGACCAAAACACAAAGCGGUGGCAGUGGAGGCGGUAGCAGCUCGAGUACAGGUGGUGGCAGCAAUAGUGGCGGUCUCAAUAAGGGCGGCAUACACGUGGGCGGCAUGCUGAGCACGACGAGCGCGCUGGGUGUGACAACAACGAGUUCACGUGGCAGUUCGGCGGGGAAUGCGGGGGCGAGUUUGCUGCCCGAGACGUUGAUGACGACGACGGCGAUGACGACCAGCACAACACAACGACAGCAGCAGCAACAAUCACAGAAACCCUGCUGUUUUUGCUGGUGUUGCUGUUGUUCUUGCUCGUGGGCAAAGUGUUUGGCAAUAAAAAAUGCGGAAGACAAUGCACCAACAAGACGUGAUCCAGCGAGCGUGGAUUUGCUUUUGGACGGUGAACAGCCCAGUCUCGAGGAAAUACGAAGUUGGGGUAAAAAUUUCGAUUUGCUAAUGAAAAAUGCGACUGGACGUAAAGUGUUUCGUGACUUCCUACGCAGCGAAUUCAGCGAAGAGAAUAUACUGUUUUGGCUCGCUUGCGAAGAGCUAAAAAAAGAGAGCAGUCCCGAAGCGAUUGAGGAGAAGGCGCGUCUCAUCUACGAGGAUUACAUUUCGAUAUUGUCGCCACGUGAAGUAUCGCUGGACUCGCGCGUACGAGAGAUCGUUAAUCGCAAUAUGGUGGAGCCGACACCGCACACCUUCGACGAGGCCCAAAUACAAAUUUAUACGCUCAUGCACCGAGACUCAUAUCCAAGAUUCCUCAACUCGCAGAAAUUCAAAGCGCUGGCACAACUGCAAGACGGUAGCUUAUCGGCAGCGGCUUCCACAACAGACAGUCCCACUUAAGGUCGCGCAAUAGAACGCUUUAGCAGAGCGUCAAUGUUUGUUGAGCAGACAAAAGCAAUUGGUUGAGUUCACUGGGCGAAAAAUGUGUUGAGAAACGACGGCAAGUUAAUAAAAGUAAGAAACUAAGAAGCACAUCCACAAAAAUAGUGAUUAGAAGAAAAAGUUGCAUGCAGCGCUGGAACUCAAGGUGAGGGAGUGUGAAGCUGGAGAGUAAUAGCAACAAAUAAACAAACAAUAAAGCGUGUUCGCAGAUGGCUUGCGAAAAGCGACAACUAAAUAUAUAAGUAGCACCUAAGCUCUAGCCCUAGACACAAGUAAGGACUAAGCGUUUAAGCAGUAAGCAUUAAGCACUAAUGUCUAAGGGUAUGUCUUAAGGAUCUACUACACAUAGAUAUAAGAUUGAGGGUUUGCUACAAUAUUUAGUUUCCUACUAGUGUCUAAGCGUCAAGCGGAAUACUUAAUACUUACUUACAUACUUACGUACCACUGACUUAUUUACUUAUGUACUUAACAUACAUACUUACUGACCUAUUUUUGUAUGUACGAGUAUGCAGCGAAUUCUCGCAUGAUCGGCAGUUAAGUGUAUGUCUGUAUGCCUGUGUGCAAAAACACAAAGAUAGGUACCGUUACUGACGUGCCGUAGCUUUUGACUUGCACACGCAUGCAAAAAAUAUCUCGAAAGAUAAAAGAUACUGAUACAUACACAUAUGAGUGUGCUUUAACAAAUUUGUACCACAUUUCUUCGGUUUUUAAAAAAUAGUAUUUUGGAAAAAAAAAUAUUAAAAAAAAAAUACAAAAAUGAAGCAAUAUAUAAUUCCUUAAAUAUAUAAAUAUAUUAAAUGACAAACCAUUUAUAAUGUAAAGUGAAAGUAAAUGGCAUAAGCACAAAUACUAAUGGAAAUCAAGGACACAAAGCGAUUUGCGGGGUCUCGAGUUGAAGUGUGGGUGGUAAAAUAAGAUAAAUAAAACAAAUGAAACAUUCUAACGAAUUGUAUGCGCACAAAUUACAAAUGUAAUGCCAAUUGGCUAGAACUCAUGCCUGGAAACCGUUAGCAAACAAAAGAAAAUACUAAAAACAACAAAAAAAAAAAAUUAUAUAAAUGUGCAGAAAUUAAGGAAAACGCAAUAAAAUUUAAAAGUGCAAACCACGAGAUUAUAUGUAUAGUGUGUAUGUAAAUGAAAUCUAGUCAGCGCGACUGUUGAGCAGCUAAUUUGUAAGGAACUGGUUGCCGAGCCAAGAAAUUGUUGUAGCAUGCUUCUUGGCGCCUUUGCUAUGCAUGUGUACUGUGCUAAAGACACAUGCGAGACAUUUAAGGUGCAACAACGACGAUUGUUACGUAUAUGUUUAUGCUCAAGGUGCGGGUGGCACAUUUUUUUUUUGAACUGAUGUGGUUAUUUAAUAGACAUUACAAAAAGCUGAAAAUUAGUUAAUAUUCCCAUAACAUGAUUAAAAAUAACUUACUAAAAGUCUUCAUCAAAGGUCAGAAACAGUCGGUCUGUGGAGAAAAGUUUUGCUACAUUUUUUAUAGAUAAUUUUAUAAUAUAUAAUUGCCGUCUAGGGUAAUUUUUUGACAUAACUUACCGUUUCGUUAAAAAUCGCGCAAAAAAUUCGACCUUUCAUAUCGAAUAUUUUUACCACAUAUCGGAACGAUGGCGACUUUAUGUUUACGUUAUUUUUAAUCAUGUUUGAAUGUAUUCACUAACUAUGACUUUGUUGUAAGUUUAUGUGACUUCACUCAUAUUUCUAUGUAAUUUAACCAGACUUUUAGAAAUAUUUUACAUUUUUUGAAACAUUUUUUUUAAAUUUAAAAACCAGUUUCGAGUAGAGAAUAUUUCUGAAGCUUUAAUUAAAUAAAUUAAAGCGAAAAAUUGUGGAAAUUCUUGUUAUACUUAGAUAUAUACAUAGAGUAUUAAAAUGAUCUAAUAGCCGCAUUCUAAAAUUAAUAAAUUGUGCUUUUCAUUUUCUAAGUGCCGUUCCGCCUUGUGUGUAUUAUAAAAAAAUUGAAACGAAAGCGAAAUCUUAUAAUUCCAAUAAUUAUUUACGACUAAAUAAUUUAUGUUUCUUAGUUCAUAAAUAAAAGAAAUCAAAUUUACAAAGAAUUCCGAGUUAGUUAUAAAUUUAACUGUUAUAAAUGCAUAUUUGUGUGCAUACUUUUUUUACAGUACCUUCAAGGUAACUUGUUUGUUAACGCUACAUUUUUGUUGUUGUUAUCUUUGGUAAACAAAAUAAGCGGUUGCUAAAUUGUUUUUUUUUUUUAUUAAAGUGAGAGUUAUAAUUUCACGAAAAUUUGCAUUGUCGCGUUAGGUGCGUAGCAACAAGAGCAAACAGAACAACAAAAACAACAACCGCAACAUUAGCCACAACAACAAAAACAAAUGAAUUUUUACAUCGAAAGCAUUUUGUAAAUACUUAUAAUGAUGGUUUUUAAUUUCCAAAAUUAUAUUGUACUACUAAAUAAUGAGUAAUGAUUAUGAUGUAGUCAAUAUGAAAUAAUUACAAACUAGUUACUGUACUUACUAUAUAUGUACGCAUUAUACGAUUGUAUUAUUGUAAUUAUAUAUGAUUUGUUUUUUAUAAAAAUAUAAAUGAGAAUAGUAAAUAUAAGUACAUGAAUACUUAAUUAUAGCAAAGCAAGUGUAUGUAAAUGUAUUUAUUAGUAAUUGUAUAUUUAUGAAUUUAAUGGUUUGCCUAAGUCAAGUAGUGCAAAAAAUUUAGCCAAAUAAUAAUAAAAAAAUUAAAAAGAAAAAACAAAAAACAAAAAUCAUAAACAAUACAAAAACACUUAAAAGCCAUAUAUGCAUAAAAAAGAUUAGAAACUUGAUACCAAAAAUGCAAACCAAAAAUAAAAUUGUGAAAUUAAUAAUUACAAUUAAUUAAUUUUAUUAUAAUUUAUUUAGGAAAAUUUCUUGAAAUAUAUUAAUUUCAUUUCAAUUUCUACAAAAAGUCACAUAUUUCGUUUUUCUUUCUGUAUGCUUUUAAAAUAAAUAUACUCGAGGUGCUAAGUUAAAAAAGUUCGUAGUUUUUGAACGAAACAGCAAGUUGUAUUAUAAAAUACGAAAAAUGAAGAUCAUAAAAUUAUCUAUAAUUCGUUUAUCAAUAAUAUUUUUUAAGUGUUUUCUAAGAUAUAACGAUUCAAAAAGAUGACGAGGAAACGUGUGCGUAUUUUGACGUUUAUUAUAUUUUAUUGUAACUCACUAAUAGUAGGUCUUAGUAAAAAAAGUGUUCUUUAUAGAUAAUUUUAUGAUCUUCAAUUUUGGUCUAAAGUAAUUUUUUGAUAUAACUUACCGUUUCGUUGAAAAAUUAUUUUAUUAUUAUUUUUUUAAAAAAAUUUAGCUUUAACCUUGAAUGUUUUUUUACACAUAUCGGAACUAUAAUUGUUUUAGUAUGAUAUUUUUAAUCAUGAUUUAGAAAUAUUCGCUAUCUUUCAAUUUUAGUAAAUUUAUGUAACUUUACCCUUUUUGACGGGACUAUUUAAUUUGCAGCAAUUGUAUUCUUGUUGUAUGUAUGGGAGAUUUUAUUUCUAGUUGUUAUCGUGUAGAAAAAAUUAUCUUUUUUGCUUUAUAAAUAUAAAUUUAUAUUAAACAUUUUUGUCUUAAAUUAUCAUCAGUCUAACUUUUGCGAUAAGUUCCGUUAUCCAUGUGUCUACAAAACUUUUGCAUAAUCUUUCGCUGAAACACUCCAAAAAACCAUAUUUCAGCGCCAUUUUAUGGGAUUAGAAUUUAGAUUCAUAUCUUUCCUGAAACCUCGCAGAAUUUUAUUCUUAUUCUAAUUAAGCUAUUUCGGUUUUAUAGAGCCGUAUAAAUUUGUUAGAAGAUGUUUUAAAAUCGAUAAAGAGAUUGCUGGGGAAAAUUUCAUUUUCUUUGGUUUUUUUCAAGAUUAGGUUAAUAUCUGAUAAAUUUUUUUUUUUUUUUUGAUAUUAUUGAACCAUGUAUUAGUUGGUAAUUAUGUUGCUUUUGUAUCAAGAACGUUCAGCCGAAGACCUACGCGCUCCCGUGUCAAAGUUACUAUGAUUAUUCUAACUGAGAGAUGCGAAGUUCUGGGCUAAGGUAAGCCACGUCGGCUGAAGUAUCUACUUCGUCUUUAGCGUUUCAAAGGCUGAUUUCAAACUUGAUUUAAUUGAGCGUUUUUUUUUCGUAUUCUUUAAUUAGAAAAUUAUCUAGAAGCAAGUAUUAAAACAAAAUUAAGCAAAUUUUCGAACUAACUUAUCAACAUAUAAAAACAAGAUAAACGCAAAUAUAUUUGAACUCACUGCCAAAGCGCAAAAAAAUAUCAACGUGCUAAAUAUUAAAAUACAUAAUAACAACAACAACAAGAUAAAAAAUAAUAUAAAAAAAAUAAUUUUUUUUAAAGAAAUAUAAAACCAAUCUCAGAGCUCAGAUCAUAAAUAUAUUUUUAUUAGUUUUCACUAAUUUCAGUUUUUUCACUUUUAUUUUACUUACUUUAAUUGCAUAUUUUUAAAUAUUUUCCAAAAAUAUGUAAAAUACAAUUUAAAAACAUUUAUUUUUCCACAAAAAAAAACGACAAAAAGUAGCUUUUUUCUACCACACAAUGAAUAAAAACUUUAAAGUAAAAUCUGUGUUGUUGUAUUUCGAAAAUAUGCAUAAACUAGAAAUAGAAGAAAACACACACGCACACACACCAGCACGCAAUGUAUUAUAUAUGAAAAAAGGAAUUGAUUGACACAUGUACAACCGAGUACAUGACUAACACUCGUAAAUCGAGCAAAAAUUAAAAAAUUAAAAAUAAAAUAAUUCUUAAACUGUUAUUAGAUUUAGCAUCUAAAAAAAUUAAAAAAAAAAUUAAAUGAAAUGGCCAAACAAAAACAUUAACUAGGGGAAGUAACACAUGAAAACUAGGCAAAUAUGUGAUGUGACCAAUAAACAAUUGAUACAAAUAAAUUGGCUACAUCUUUAAAACUAUAACGGUAAACAUCGUUCUAAAACUUUUCAAACACUUUACUAAAAGCACGAAAUAGUAAAAUAAAAAGUAUGUUAAAUAAUUUGAAAACUUAAUUCUUCGGGAGAAAGCGAAAGCAAACAUUUCAACGGCGCAAUAGUCUCACCAAAAGCAAAAACAAUUAUAUUAGAAUUACUAAUGGCAAUUGAAGCGAGAUAACUCAACAACACUUACAAACUCUGCAGGCAUUAAUCACCAACUACUAACGGAUUUACACACAUAUGUAUUUGUGUAAAUUUAAAGAAAAAAAUUAAAAAAACUACAAAUACUUUCAAUAAAAAACAUUUUGUAAUAAGUUUUAAGGGAAAAUACAACAAAAAAUUACCAAAAAAAAACAAAUUUUUCGUAUUCUAAAGAAAACUCAAAAACCUUAAAAACAAAAACCAGAACGAAAAUCUUAUAUCCUCCGGUACUACUGAAAAAAGAAAAACAUAACCUAAAAUCUCAUUGCUAAUACAUAUAUACAUACAUACAUAUGUAAACAUGAAGAGCGACCUAAAUGAAGUGAAAAACCAAAACCACCCGAAACCCGCAAGCAAAAUCACCAAUAUGCCAUAAGCAUUUCAUAUAUUGAACAAGUUAAACGUAAAUAAAUAUAUACAUACAAAAAAAAAUAUAUAUAUAUAUACCAAUAUAUGAAAUUUUCAAUAAAUCACUUUUCAAUACACACUCAUAUAAAAUUAGGUAAUUUAAUUAUAACAAAUACAGUUAAGUAUGUGAAACAAACGCAAAUUCUUAAAAACAAAGCUAAAAAAUUAAUAAACAGAUUUAAAAUAUAUUUGUGGAUAAGCAACAACAAAAAUAUUUAAAUUGUAAUUAGCGUUAAAUUUAAAUUCGCAAAUACAUAAAUGAACAUAAAACACACAACAAAAAGAGAAAUGGUAAAAUGAAUACCAAAUAAAAGGAAUAAAGUAUAAUGCAAAGACAAUUAAA